GUCACACGCUGUCAAAACAAAAAGGCCACCAUCCAUUGAGCGCGUAGAAAGUAUCGUGUUUUAGCGGACUAGAUUGUGUUUAAUUAUCUUAGAUUUCGCGCAAGAAAUCUACUUUUAUCUAGUUUAGAAAGUAACGCUAUGGGAACGAAACGCAAGGCCGAAGAAGAGAUCCUGGAGAUUCCCAGCGAUGACGAUGAUGGGAACGAUAGCGACGUUCAGAUCCAGGAGAAACCGAUCCCCGUCGUCACCGUGGACGACGAUGAAGAUUCUCCAAAACAAGCGCCCUCACAUUCCACUCCGGUUCGGCCGUCCCAAAAGGGCGUGAAAGAAUCCCCCCAUAACGAUUCUCUAGAGGCGCCUCCUCCUCCGGAUAUCAGCCAUUGCAAUUCUAGUAUAGAAGAGAAAGAAAAGCAACCCAUGCCAGUGGAAACAAUGAUUUCUGACAACAAUGUUUUGCUCAGUAUGCAGUUCCGGAACAAGGAAUUGUUCCAACUAUUCAAGGGAUCCCUCUCGGAAUACCUGAAGACGACGUUCCAGCUGAAGAUGGGCGGAGAGGAAGUGGAUGUUAUCCUACAAACGGAACAAUUCUCCAUUCAGGUAUUAUCCAAAACUUAUUGCCAGGAAUCGAUGCUAAAUGCUUCAGCGGAAUGCACUCCAGUCCAAAGCAAUGCGACACUUCCGGAAGCCGAGAAGGAAACUGCAAGUGCAAACAAUGAAGCGAACACGGACGGAAUGUUCGUCAUAGACUCGACUCCGGCCAAAACGGCCAAGGGUGGCCCCAUCAUCCCCAGCUACAAGAAAGCUCUGCAAAAAGUUCUGGACAAUUCCCCUUCUGCAGCCUCGGCGGAAAGUGCCACCAAGAGACCGAAACCGAAGCAGAACUGUUGGAACUGCGACGGCGACCACGGGUUGAAGGACUGCAAGCAGCCACGCAAUUUUGCCAAGAUCGACAAAAUGAAGCAAGCGUUCAUGAAGACCAAGGACCGGUACCACGUCGACCUGGAGCAGAAGUACGGCCAUAUCGUUCCCGGCAGGUUGUCCCACGAGCUGCGGCAAGCUCUCGGAUUGAGAAAGCGGGAUCUUCCGGUGCACGUCUAUCGCAUGCGACUUUUCGGAUAUCCUCCCGGUUGGCUGGAGGACGCCAAAAUUACCCAUUCUGGGUUGCAGUUAUUCAAUUCCAUUGGAGACCCCGUACAGGAUUCGGACGAAAGCGAAGGCGAAGUGGAUAAUGUGAAACCCACCAAGUAUGACGUCCGGAAGAUAAUAAGUUUUCCUGGGUUUAACGUUGAUGCCGGUCAGGAGUAUAUCGACAAUUCGAAAUUCUAUGGCGUUCCGCCGAGAAUGGGACACCAAAGUCGAGACGAAAUGAUCAGAAAUCUGGAGGGAACGCUCGUACAAGGAUACCGUCGAAAAAAGCUUCGAUUGGAGAGUUCCGCGCCAGUGGAUGUUGAUCGGGAUGAUCCAGCGGAUAUGGAUCUGGACUAUCAGGAUGAAUCUUUCGUGACAGUAGAUUCGGUAGGUGAUUGCGAUAAGUUGGAAGGCCUCGUUUCAGCUAGCCAGUCUAGUUCACUGCCGUCGUUCAAUGGAAGCAGCACCGGUCCACGGAAUCCGCCGAAGAUGGUGGAAGACGAACCGGAAGAGGGCGAAGUAGAUGAUGAGGAAGAACAGAUGCAUCCGACCAGCGAGCGAAAGCAUAACGAUAUGGCAGAGAAUGGAGAGGACAACAGUGCAAAGGACGACAGUUUGAUUCUGGUGGAAGAGGAUACGGAAGUUAUUUGUUUGGAUGAAACUCGUGCAGAUUCCCCAUCUCUAGACGAUCUGCGGAGGAAACAGAAAGCUCUGUUAAAGCAAUUGGAAUCCAACAGCCCAUGCGUCCAAAACCCUCCGGACAUAUCAAACAACGAUUCGCUGCUCGAAGACGUACUGGAGGCUGAAAAACUGGCGGAAGAGCAAGAAUCGAACGAACUCACAUCACAGUCGACUGCCAAUCCACUUUUUGUACCACCGCUAGGAAUGUUUUCUAUUGGAUUGAUGGGCCCUCCUCCACUUCCGGCAGCCCCACCUCCACCCUCCGAUGCACCCGAAUCCGAACGCCCACCGGAGCCUGAAUUUCUCAAUUUGGAUGAGAUCAAGAUGACCAAAACCCCAUUCAUCGAUGAUCCCGCCUCGAUGGGAUUGAAGAAGAUGUCCCUGGGGACGCCCAUCCUGACACCUUUCACCCCAUUCAAUACGCUGCCCUGUGGAGAAGCAUUUUCCAAAGGUGUGAGUGAUGUGAUUAAUUUUGAAAACCUGCCCAACUCCACCGGUAAGUACGAACGGAUGAAAUCGCUCCUGUCGAAGGUACGAAAUGUCAUUACGGCGCACAAUGGCGAACUGGACGGCGAUAGCAGAUAACCGGAGGAUGACCCUAGUGGACUGAGCGAGGAAGGUGAAAUUGAGUAAUUGUGUAUGACUGUGUGCCGGUGUUCUUCUUUUAGUAAUAAACUGAGAUUAGCAUGAUUGAAAAAUGUGAGGUCCCUUUAAAAAAAGAUUUGAAACGACUAUUGUACUUUAAAACUACAGAUGGUAAUAUAAGAGCGAUAAUAAAAUGUACAAUUUUAUGUUGGCUUGAAGA